UAAUAAGAAAAAUAACAUUGAUUUUUAUGUGAGUAAAAUUGAUAUUACUCAGCCAAAAAAAACUUUUUUUUGGAAUUGGGGGAGCAAUUAUUGGCUUAGCUAGUUUCUCAUUUCUCAGAAUUGGGCAAGCCUUUGCGUGAGCAAGAGCAAUCGCUCUUCCCUUAUUCAUAGGCUUGAGACUCUGUGAUAUACCUAAUGGUCACGAUUACAGUCAUUUGAACAUUAUAUAUCUAAUUUAGGCUGUAUUGUGUUUAUUUUUCAUAUUUUCUAAUUAAAGUAUUUUAUAAAUAUUGCUAACCCGUGAAGACAUAGCAAACAACCAAACAAUGAGUUCUGAUUCAAAAACUUUCAAAAACGUCACAGUGCGACCACUACAAGUAGAUGGCUCAACCAAUGAAGCAAAACAAAAUCUUGUUAUUGAUGUAAGACAAGAGAGGCAAGUAUUUGUCCUCCGAAUACUAAAUGCUGGUGGAGAAGUCCUACAUCAAACUUUAAUAAGUAAAAACACGAAAGGAUUCCAAUUUGGAGAGCUUUCAUUCGUUUUUAAAAUAGAUCCACAACCAUUGAUACUUGUCUUUUCUGGGGCUUCAGACUUGCAAAGAUUUUGUGCCACAUUUAGUAGUAUUACACAUCAGGCAACUGGACAACUGUCUGUUUUUGAUGAGAGAACAGAAGAAGCGUCUGCUACACAAUAUUUCCAAUUUUAUGGAUAUCUUUCACAGCAACAGAAUAUGAUGCAGGAUUAUAUUCGUACUUCGACUUAUCAAAGUGCAAUACUACAGAAUUCAAACGAAUUUAAAGGAAAGGUUGUUUUGGAUGUGGGUGCUGGAACAGGGAUACUUUCAUAUUUUGCUGUACAGGCAGGUGCGAAGAAAGUAUAUGCUGUCGAAGCAAGUAAUAUGGCACAAUACGCAAAAGAAUUAGCUGUUAGUAAUCAAUUAAGUGAGAUAGUUGAAGUAGUUGCUGGGAAAAUAGAAGAGGUGUCGUUGCCAGAAAAAGUUGAUAUUAUCAUCUCCGAACCAAUGGGUUACAUGCUGUUUAACGAGCGAAUGUUAGAAACCUACUUACAUGCUAAGAAAUGGCUGAAACCUGGAGGUAAUAUGUAUCCAACGAAAGGUGACUUGUAUGUUGCACCUUUUACCGAUGAUGCACUUUUCAUGGAGCAUUUUGGAAAAUCAAACUUUUGGUGUCAAUCAUCGUUUUAUGGUGUUAACCUGACCAGCAUCCGACAAGCUGCUUUACAGGAAUAUUUCAGACAACCCAUAGUGGACACGUUCGAUGUGCGAAUACUAAUGGCAAAGCCCUGUGUACACACUACAAAUUUUUUAACCACAUCCGAAGAAGACCUUCAAAGAAUCCACGUACCUCUCCAAUACACGAUAUUAAUGACUGGUACGCUCCACGGUUUAGCGUUUUGGUUUGACGUCGCGUUCUUAGGACAAGCCAACCACGUGUAUCUCUCCACUGCGCCACAAGAACCACUUACCCAUUGGUAUCAGGUGCGCUGCCUGUUACCGAAUCCUGUAUUUGUACGAGCUGGUCAGAAAGUCAGUGGGAGUGUCACGCUGCACGCAAAUCAACGGCAGAGCUACGAUGUUGAAAUGGAGAUAUGCGUGGACGGCACCGGACUCCGUUCUACUAACGUGUUAGAUUUAAAAAAUCCGUUUUUCCGAUAUACCGGUCUACCGCAGCAGCCCCCACCUGGCACAAACACGCAAUCACCCACAGAGACGUAUUGGAACAGCGCAAGUGUUGUUUUAAACGGGGGCAUCAUGAAUACUUCUACUGCUUACGCUGGACAGCCACAACACGGCUCAGGAGGUGGUGUAUCUGCAUAUACGUCACAGGCUGUUGGGAACGUCAUGGCGACUGGUUCCACUCACCCGCCUGGCUCGAUGUUAGCGUCGUCGAACUACGCCGCCCAAACAGUGCAAAUUGGAAACGACCGAUAUAUAAUAGCUAAUCAACCGCCAGGCGGACAGUACGAAAGAAUGUACGCUUCUGGUAUGUCUGGUUAAACAAUCAUGGUUUUAUACGUAUAAACAUUACCAAGAACGCUAUCUGAUAGAUCACUAAACAAAUUUUAAAUGAAUAAUUUGAAAUUAAAUAUAGCAGUAGAAAUUCAUAGAAAAAUACAUAAGUUUUUUAUAUUGCUAUUUUUA